GGUUAAGGUAAGGGUAGAUACUUCAAAGUCUUUACAUAUCACAUUCCUGGCAUAAAGUUCUUGACUUCAAGAAUGUCUUGACCCUUGACGAUGACUUCGACCUUGAACAACUAUAAUAUUAUAUAUCGUUUUUUCUGAGUGAUUGGAGCAUCUAAAUUUAAACACUUCUCAUAUUGUAUACGGUACAAUUCAUCAAUCACACGAUAUCUCUUUGUUUGCUCUUUACCGAAUCACUGAAUUACUACUAUGUAAAGAUUGAUCCAUCAUAUACUCACAACCUAAGUUCCAUUUUUUUCAGCCUUUUCGGUUCCUACAAGCAAAGAUUAUAUCUCUUUAAUAUCUGAAUACAUGGGAAAUCAUUGUACAUCACGACAAGGCCGCCGUUCUGCAAUGUCUACCCAUCGCAACCACAAGAGUCACCUAGGAUAUCCAUGUGUUCUAUCAUAACAUACUUUGUUCUUGAUAUCACUUCUUGUUGCGAGAAAAUGCACUAUUCAUUUGUGACCUAUUUUUAUUUUUAUUUUUAUCUUUAUACUGGGCUGGCUCAUCUUGGAAACACGGUCCUUUGAGAGGUUUUUGUGUCCUAGAAACACAACCCACCUAUAUCUUCGAAGACGCCCAAGAAGGGCUGAACCAUAGUCUAGGAUGAGUUUGAGACGAACCUUCAGUUCGGUUACUAUAACUGAUCCCCUGGUGAAGUAUCAGUCAUUAGUAGCAACGGGAGUCUGCAGCCCUGACGGCGCUCAGCAUAGGCUAGCUCUUCACCUCCAAAAGGUCUAUCAUCGUCUCAAGGAUUAUACACCUUCAACCGAGUAUCGCGCGAGACUGAAGGCUAUCACUGAUGCCCUUGACCGAACCAGGAACAAAGAUGACGACUCGUCGCUUACUCUCGCAGUCAAGAGUCAUCCCAUUCGGCGCAAUCCCCUUUUUGCUCGCUUCUUUGCGCGCAACGAGAGUAAAGAUGCCAUGGCUCUGAUAAAAGUCAUCACAGGCUACGAAGAAGCUAUCCACAUAGAUUCUCCUCAAGGCCUGUUUCUAUCGGGAGAGGUAGGUACAGGUAAAUCUAUGCUUCUUGAUCUCCUCGCCGACGGCUUGCCUACGAGCCGCAAGAGGAGGUGGCAUUUUAAUACAUUCAUGCUACAUACACUCUCCCAAUUAGAGCGAUAUAGGAAAUCACACCAACAUGCCGGUGAGCAAGAAUACUCGCUAUUGUGGAUGGCCAAGGAAAUGGUUGAGAAAUCGCCUAUUCUCUUUUUGGAUGAAUUCCAGUUACCGGACAAGGCAGCGAGCAAGAUCCUUAGCAAUCUUUUCAUUGCCUUCUUUCAAUUAGGCGGUGUUUUAGUUGCCUCUUCGAACCGCAUGCCAGAAGAAUUGGAAAAAGCUACCGGUAUCGAGUAUGUCCCAUCUACGGCUGGUGGCCUCUUAGGCCAAGUAUUGAGGCUAAGGGGAUCACGCGGGAAGGGGGAAUUAUUUGGCUCCACAAGCGAUUUUGCUUCUUUCCUCGAAGUUCUCAAAGCGAGAUGCCAGUUCUGGCACAUGGAAGGGGGAAAAGACUGGAGACGUCGUGAGGCUGACAUAUCAUUUACCAAAAGUGUAAUGGCAUCUGCUGCAUCUCAGGACUUGACGAGUUCGCCUGUAUCUCACCUGACUUCAAGUGAAGAAACGGAAGAUAUUGACAAGCCAGACGGUACCGUAGUGACACCGAGAAAUUAUUUCCUCGUAGGCGAAAUCGACGACGCCUCAUGGGAAAAGACAACAAAUAGCCUGGCUUCGCCUUCGGAGGAAGUUGAUUGGCAGUCCUUGACACUGACUGUCUAUGGCCGAGCUAUUACAAUACCACAACAGUACGAUGGGAUCGUGCACUGGGACUUUAACGAUCUGGUAUCCUCCUUUGGACCAGCCGAUUACAUCACAAUGGCCUCGACCUUCCAUACGUUCAUCAUCAACAACGUGCCAACUCUGACAGUUCUCAAGAAGAACGAAGCCAGAAGGCUGAUCACAUUAUUAGAUGCUCUGUACGAGGCCCGGUGUAAACUAAUAGUGCGAGCGGAAGCCGGCCCCGAUGAUCUGUUUUUCCCGGAAACCAAGGCCACCCCCUCCACGCCCACGAAGCGAAAUUCCUCCCAGCAAGGAAGCGAGAGCGAGAGCAUGGAAGACGACGCCAUCCACUCCGAGACCAUCGCCGAAGCCUACCAAGACACCACCUCUCCCUUCCGGCCCAACAUCUCCUCGUACACCGAAACGAGCAACAACAGCGACGAGGAAACCGACUUCGACGCCGCCGCCAAGCCCAAGGUCGACUUCAGCAACACGGGCGCCUUCACGGGCGAGGACGAGCGCUUCGCCUACAAGCGCGCGACCAGCCGGCUCUGGGAACUCUGCGGCGCGCAGUGGCACGCCCGCACGGGCGCGUGGUGGCAGCCGCUGCCGAGGGAGGCCCGGCACUGGGAGCACGCGCCGGCGUCGAAGCCGAGGCCGUGGUCCGUUGAGCAGAGUGUGCGCGGCGACGAUGCGAAGAUGGGGUCGGCGGUGGAGCUCGAGGAACCGGCGGGGCUGCAGAGGUUCAGGGUGAAGCAGUUGGUGGAGGGGUGGUCGGAGAAGAAGAAGAAGGGGUAGGUAGUAGUUUGACCUAGGUGUAUCGUAGCAUAUAUAUAUACAUGUAGAUAUGUACAGUAAAUACGUAGAUAUUCAUAUUAGAGUUUUAGGUACCUACCUACUUAGGGAAUCCAAAAAAAA